AUGGCGAUCCCGUGCGGCUCGGGGCGCAUGGCUGGCCGGCUCGCCGUGGAGAUCGGGCGCGAUGCGGAGGCCUCAGCUCGGUGGCGCUCGGUGACCCGUGGCCCCAGCGCGCGAGUGGCAGGCGGCCCCGCGGCUUCGGAGAGCCCUACGGGCGGCUCUGUCCUGCACACGGCGCUCGAUGCGGACCCCACGUGGGAGCCCGUGUCUGGUGGAGCGUGCGCUCCGGCCGCGGCUCGCGGCCUCGACCAGCGACUCCGAGGCGGCAGUGGCGACCCGACCAAGAUCCAGAUUGGCCAAAACGGUACCACAUUGAACGGCUACAUGUCCACCAAGACUGACGUCUUUAGCUUCGGGAUCCUGGUGCUGGAGACUGUGAGCGGACGGAAGAAUAUCGUUCGGCAUUCGGAUGACCAAAAGAUCGACCUCUUGAAUUAUACAUGGAAGCUGUUCGAAGAAGGACGAUCCCUGGAGAUCGUGGACCCGCCACUGUCCAACCCCGACGACAGCGAGCAGGCGCUGCUGUGCAUCCAGCUCGGCCUGCUGUGCUGCCAGGCCGUGGUGCCGGACCGACCUGACAUGCACAGCGUGCACCUGAUGCUGUCGAGCGACUGA